AUGCGUUUGGGUGGCAAACUUUUGCACUUGCCCAACGCAAGCUCGCAAUUUUCACAGUCGGGCCAGUGUGUUUUCUGCUUCUUCUUCUUUCUCAUUUUCCUCCGGCUCUCCGGUAUUGCCCGACUUUACGUCCAUUCACGGCCGCUGUUCAGCUGGGUGGGCGGGUCAACUCAUUUGUCUUUUGUUCAUGCGCACAGAAGCGAAGCGUGA